GAUAACUUGACAUUCUAGCGGGUCAUCUGACCUAUAACUAAACGCAAUGGCUGCUCUUGAAGUUGAGUCGUACCCACGUCGGUCACCAAAAUAUUUGUCUGGAGAACCCUCUAGGAAAGUUAAGCGUGAAGCGGAGAAAGGGACCUUGGAAUCUACUCCUCCUCCCACUGAUGGGAUAAAGAAUUAUUAUAUGAACAAGAUCGAUGAACAUCAAUUUAUUUACACUGAAAAGGUCCUUAAUUUAAGGCGACUGGAGGCUCAACGGAACGAGUUAAACGCUAAAGUUCGAAUGCUUCGAGAAGAGCUUCAGCUGUUACAGGAACAAGGUUCAUUUGUUGGAGAAGUCAUAAAAGCUAUGGACAAAAAGAAAGUGCUGGUCAAAGUACAACCGGAAGGAAAAUAUGUUGUGGACAUCGACAAAAACAUUGAAAUGUCUCAGAUAUCCCCGAACUGCCGUGUGGCUCUCCGAAGUGAUAGUUACACGUUGCAUAAAAUUUUGCCAAGCAAAGUUGAUCCCCUUGUGUCAUUAAUGAUGGUAGAAAAGGUUCCGGACUCUACUUACGAGAUGAUUGGAGGCCUCGAUAAACAGAUCAAAGAAAUUAAAGAAGUCAUUGAACUUCCCGUAAAACACCCAGAGCUUUUUGAUGCUCUAGGAAUAGCGCAACCUAAAGGCGUGUUGUUAUAUGGACCCCCAGGUACAGGGAAAACCCUGUUAGCUCGUGCCGUUGCCCACCAUACUGAAUGUACAUUUAUUCGUGUCAGUGGUUCUGAACUUGUCCAAAAAUUCAUCGGCGAAGGAGCUAGAAUGGUUCGUGAAUUAUUUGUUAUGGCGCGAGAACAUGCACCAUCUAUAAUUUUCAUGGAUGAAGUUGAUUCAAUUGGAUCCACCAGAUUAGAAAGUGGCACAGGGGGAGAUAGUGAAGUUCAAAGAACUAUGUUAGAGCUGCUCAAUCAAUUGGACGGGUUUGAACCCAAACAAAAUAUAAAAGUUAUCAUGGCAACAAAUCGUAUUGACAUACUUGACUCAGCUCUUCUAAGACCUGGCCGAAUUGAUCGGAAAAUCGAAUUUCCUGCUCCGAAUGAGGAAGCCCGGUUAGAUAUCCUGAAAAUACAUUCUCGAAAGAUGAACUUAACGAGAGAUAUCGACCUGCGUAAGCUAGCAGAAUCAAUGCCUGGUGCAAGUGGUGCAGAAGUCAAAGGAGUGUGUACGGAAGCCGGUAUGUACGCGUUGCGAGAACGUCGGGUUCACGUUACGCAAGAAGAUUUUGAAUUAGCAGUUGCUAAGGUAACUCAUUUUUUAGCUAGGUCGCUCGUGCUUGAUGUUUUCAAUUGUCCAUUUUGAUUAUUUUUAUUCAAGAAGUAGUUUAGAAAUAUUUGAGAAUUCAGAAGAAAGUAGAAACGCAAGUUAGUGGGCAUAAAAUAUUGUACGUUUAAUUUUACACCUAUCACAAUCCACUCUGUUUGGAAAGGGGAAGGGGAUAAAAUGUCUAAACGGUGUGUAAUAGUUUUUCCUACUUUAGUUUAGCCACCGAAGUUAUUAAACAAGAGUAAUUCUUUACUUUACCAAGGAAUGAAUAAAUUCGAAGCUUUGUUCACAUCAGGCAGAGAUAAACUAUUUUAAUCCAGUCAGUGAAUAAUAUGUUUAUAAAACCCAUAAUUUUCACAGAUCUGGAAUCAAAAUGACUGGUAACACUUCAGUCCUUUCUUCGGGUUAUCAUCCUACUGUGAGGUGAAUUGUGAAUAAACUUUUGUAAUCCUGGUUUUAUUACUCAAGUUAUACUCUUCGAUCACUACUUAUCGACCCAAAAGCUCCACUCAGUGAUGCAGAAAGAUUCUGAGAAAAAUGUAUCUAUCAAGAAACUGUGGAAAUAAGGCUUUAAAAUUAUUUAUUUUAUAUGACUAAACAGUACCAUUUUCUUUUGUAAAAACCUUACUGGUAUAUUCUGUUUUCAUUCUUUGUCUACUUGUUCACAGAAAAAUGAACACAUUUUUUCCAGUUAUUUAAAUCGCUUCCAUAGACUGCUUUAUUUUUAGUAACUAGGGUUUUGUUCUAAUUAUGUAAAUUGUAGGUAAUUAACACUCAUACGUUUUUAUUUUAUUGUUACGCAAUUAUCCGUGUAGGUUUAUUCUAUCACUCGUGUGUCAUAAACAAAAAUUCCUAGGUGCAACUUGGUAAUUUAGUGCUUGAGACCUAAAAAUAUCAUACUACCCAAAGUAAACCUGGGUUCAAAUAUGCAGUUCAUUGAUUUAGUUUCGUAUUUUUAGUCCUGAACUUUUGCUGCAUAAAUUUAACAGUAAGGCUCAGUCAUUCAAAAAAACGUAUAGCACACAUAUUUCAUACCAUAUCAGCACUGUGAAAUCCCAUCGUCUAGACAAAUUCGAGAGAAGUAAAAAUAAGAAUAUCAGCAGAACACACUAAAUGUGAGUAGUAUGCUUUUCGAAAGAAUGAAUUUGCAUAUAUGUGCCUGGUCCUGAUUGACUGACAGAACGAAUUUGCAAAAUAAAUAAAAGUAUAAGUUGACUUUAAAAUCCAUGAUCUAAUGGAAGUGUUUGCUUUGACUGGUUGUGAUCCAUGUCACCGAGCGUCUUAUUACGACAAAUUGCAAAAAUCGAGCAGAAUCCAAUCAGAUAGUCUUAGUUCACAAACACAGCUCAGUCACUGACGUUAUGAACUGAUACCAUGUUUUGGUUUGGUUGUAUCUAGCUUUGCAACUCACCCCCACACCGUCAUUGUCGCCUGUCGAAGUAGGUGGUAGUGGAAAAUACUGCAGUUAUGAUGUGGGUUAUUUACAUCCAUAUAAGUAGUAUAUAACGAUGGUCAGACAUAGAAUGUAUUUCAGCAGAAGGUCGAUAAGGAACGGAACGCAAUUGGUAUGAAAAUGCAUAGACAAUGGACUGAUAUUCGCAAAGGAACAGUCAAAUUGGGGACGAUGUAUUGAUAUUUUGCAACUUAACUAUUUAUUACAUGGUUCUCAAAUUUUGUUGUAAUUUCGUGUCAAAUGCAUUUGAUUAUCCCCACUCAUGUUCUUGUUCACUACACAGUUAAUAAAGUAGAAGUACUUCGUGAAGUGGUUUAUU